AUGGAUGAGGAGAGCCUGGAGGGGGCCAUCCGGACCUACACCGCCCAGCUGCAGCAGGUGGAGCUGUCGCUGGGGGCGGGCCUGGACCCCUCCCAGCACUCGGACUUGAUUCAGUUGCAGGAGGAUUUAAAGCAGCUGAUAGAGCUGACUGAGUCCAGCCUGGUGGCUGUGAAGAAGAGCAAACUGCUGGCUACUUUAGAUACAGAUGCCCCCUCCUCGGAGCAGGACACCAAGCCCAGCAGCUCUGCCCACGAUGAGGAAUAUGCUGCCUUUAGGGAAGCCAUUGCUGAGCUUGGAGCUCAAGAGGAGCCUUUAGCUGAGAACAAUGAGGCACCAUCAAAGGGAGAUGGAGAAACUGGUGACAAAGAUGAAUCAAGGCACAGUGAAGAGGAGGAGUCUGACAAAGAGGAGGAGGAGGAGGAACUGAGUGGGAUGAAGGUUAAAGCCCCCUACUACAGUUCUUGGGGGACCCUGGAGUACCACAAUGCCAUGAUUGUGGGGACAGAGGAGUUGGAAGAUGGCAGCCCAGGGGUGCGGGUGCUGUACCUCUACCCCACCCACAAGGCCCUGAAGCCCUGCCCCUUCUUCCUGGAUGACAAGUGCAGAUUUAAGGAGAACUGUCGGUUUUCCCAUGGCCAGGUGGUCUCCAUAGAGGAACUUCAGCCCUUCCAGGAGCCCGACCUGGGGGCUCUGGGGGUGGGUUCAUCCUGCCUGGCCAAGCACAGCGACGGGAUCUGGUACACGGCCCGGAUUGUGGACAUAGACAGUGGUUACUACACAGUGAAGUUUGAUUCCCUGCUCCUCAAGGAAGCAGUUGUGGAAGGGGACAGUGUCAUCCCCCCCCUGCGCAGGGAGGAGGGGGCUGAGUCUGCUGAGUCUGACGAGGACAGUGUGGAUGACUCUGGUUAUGCCAAAGGUAAGAGAGUUUUCCCUGGGGGUUUGUUCCUGUCUCUCACUGGUUCUUCUCUUUGUGCCCCAGUGAUCGAUUCGGGAGGUGCGGGGAGCGGGGAUUGGGCUCCUGCCUGCAGCUCCUCCUUCGGGGGCUGGGAAGCCCACACCCGGGGCAUCGGCUCCAAGCUGCUCGUGCAGAUGGGAUACGAGUUUGGGAAAGGGUUAGGGAAGAAUUCUGAGGGCCGAGUGGAGCCGGUGCAGGCCGUGGUACUUCCUCGAGGGAAGUCCCUCGACCAGUGUGUGGAGGUGCUCCAGAAGAAGAGGCUGGGGAAGCUGGACCCAGGGAAAGCAGGGAAGUGCAGGGUGAAGGGAAGCGGCUCCGGGCAGCGCCCCGGGGGCAACCGCCGCCCCCGGCACAACGUGUUUGACUUUCUGAACGAGAAACUGCGAGGGAAGAGCUCUGGGGAGAAGGCUGGAGGGAUGGCCCUGCCCCAGAGGAGCAGCAAGGAGAUCUACCAUGCCAGCAAGAGCACCAAGAAGGCCCUGAGUGUCCGUCUCUUCCAGACCAUGGAGAAGAUCGAGCAGACGCAGAGGGACAUCAGGGGGAUCCAGCAGGCCCUGGAACGCAACGUCGGGAGGCACAGCGUUGCUACAGCUCAGCUGGAGAAGAAGCUGGCCAGUGCCCACCAACAGCUGGGGCAGCUGCAGGCCCAGGAGGCCUCUCUGCAGCGGGAGCAGAAGAAAGCAGACACGCACAAGAAGAUGACCGAGUUCUAG